AUGACAACAAUUGAGUAUGGUGGAGGACCAUCAAUUGAGCAGCGUCGUGCGUUUGCAAACCUGGAAAGUGGUGGACAUGUGCCUGGAUAUAUGGGAUUUUGUCCACAAUUUAAAUAUAGAUAUGGUCAUACAUUUGGUAAAGAAACAUCAGAAAUAGCUAAAGAUCUUCCAUAUUAUUUUGGGCCAAGAAAUCAAGAACCCUAUUGUUAUUAUCCUGAUGAAUUCAGAUCUAAUUUUAAAGAUCAUAUUACUGAAAGAAUGUUACCAAAAGCAACAGGAGAUAAUAAAUAUACAGGAGAAAUGAUUCCAGGUUAUUCUGGUAAUAUACCUCAAAUGAAUUAUAAAUUUGGUCAAACCUAUCGUAAUCUAUCUAAUGAAUGUGUAGAUCAAUUCAUUAAAGAAUAUAAAUCAACUGAAAUGAAACAAAAUCAAUUAAAAGAAUCAUCUAAUUUAUUAACUAAUCUAUAUCCUAUAACAUAUAAUCCUUUCAUUAAAAAUCAUUUAAAUAUAUGGUCAGAUGAUAUGGUAAAAAACAACUCUAAUGUUAGCUUAAAUAAAUGUUCCAUUGAACCACCUAUACCAGGUUAUAAAGGUUUUAUUCCUUGUAUGGAUACAACAGAAAAUGGUUUAGCGAAACGUUUUCAUGAAGCUGCUCAAAGUAGUUUAGAAACAUUUAGAACUGAAUGUCAAAAUCAUUUUGAUCAUAUGAAUAUACCAAUGAAUAGAUUAGAUAUCUCUUCCCGUCCACAUAGUUCAAUACCAUAUAAACCAAAGAGUAAUUAUUAUAGUGCAAGAAUAUUUCAUCAAGAAGGUAUGAUACCAGAUUAUGAAGGUCAUAUUCAUGGUUAUCAAUAUCAUGUUGGUAAAAAUUUUGGGAAUACAACACGAGAUUUAGAAGUAUGCGCCCAUCCAUAUUCAUGUUAUGGAGAAUAUGUAAAAAUAAAAAAUUCAACAUCAAAAUAUCUUUCAUAA